ACAGCUAUGGACGCCACUCAGAUGUAAACAGUCUGAUCUGUUGGAGGACAGCUCUGAGACAUGAAGCUUUUGUCGAAGGCGGUGCAGUCUGCUGUGAGUCAGAGAGACGGGAGCCGCAGACACUUUUGGGGUUGGCUCAAUGCAGUCUUCAACAAGGUUGACUAUGAGAGGAUCAAAGCUAUUGGUCCAGACCGAGCUGCAGCAGAGUGGCUGUUGAGAUGCGGUGCCAAAGUGAGGUUUGAAGGUUUCGAACGUUGGCAUCACGACUACAACGGACUGCCAACUGGGCCACUGGGCAGAUACAAGAUCCAGGGGAUUGAUGCUACUGAAUCCUGCAUCAUGCACAGAGGGUUCGAUCAUCUGGAUGGUUUGAAAUAUGUGGAUGAGAUCAAGUUCAAUAAGUGUAUCUACAUUGAGGACACUUGCCUGGAGAAGUUGAGCUCAAUAGAGAAUCUGCAGGAGAGUUUGAACAUGCUGGAGGUGGUGUCAUGUGGAAACGUUACAGAUAAGGGCAUCAUCGCCCUGCACAGACUCAAGAAUCUGGAGUAUCUGUUUCUCAGUGAUCUUCCUGGGAUCAAAGAUAAGCAGACAACAGCUAGCAGAUUACAAACGGCACUUCCAGGUCUGGAUUUAGUUCUGGACUUGGAGUAAAAUCAGCUUCCUGCUUCAGAGAGUGUUUGAAUUGUAAAGUGAGAACAGCUUUGGAAGAAGACACUAACUCGGAGAGGGAAAGACUGGAACGCACAACGCUUUCAACGCCCAAACGCGUAGAUCUUUCAGCUGAAACAUUGAGUGUUUUUUUGCAUGCAAAUAUACAGAAGCCCUGAAAGACAAGUGAGAAAUAAGUUAUUCAGGAGAUUUCUAAGUCUGUAAAUUAUUUUCUCUCAUGUGUUUAUGACUCAAGAACAGGUGACAUUUUUUUUUGCCAGAAUCAUUUUUUUUUUAAAAGUUUUUUUUCAUCUGUUUCAUGGAUUGAAAAACAAUCAAAUAAUUUAGGAAGAUUAACCUGGCAAAAACUCUUUUUUCCCACCUGUUUUUGAGUCAUAAACAGGAGACAAAAUGAUUGUGAUCAUACUUAGAAAUUGGAUGUCCAGAAGAAAAUAAUUCUCACUUGCCUUUCAGUGUUUUUGUACAAAUGUAACAAUCAUUAAGUCUUUUUUUUUGUAAAUGAGAGUGUGCAGCAAAAUCCGUCUUUAUGCAAAAUAUUCAAGAUGAUGAUGUGUGUGAAGUACAGAAACAGUCCAGAAAAGAGAAAAGUUGAAGCACUUUAUAUUGUUGACAACAGUUUUUCCAAACUAUUCUAUAUUUAUUAUAGACUCAACAGUCAAGAUAUUAAAGGUUACUCCAUACAUGGGUACAUAGAGAAAAAACAACAACAACUGUUCUUCAAGAGUCUCUUUAAAAUAUUUUCUCUUAAGAUUCAUUUUGGCAUUUGUAAGAUAUCUGAGGACAGACAGAUGGCUGUGAGCAUCCUUAGCACCGAGGUUUCAGAGAGUAUACAUUACAUAAUAUUGCUAAUUGCUACUAAAGGUUAGUUAAAGGAUCGUUAACUGUAUUCACUCCUGACGUCAAUAAAUAUUAUUUUCAGAAAUG